AUGGUUCUUUCUUUUUCUCCUGACUUGAUGAUAAAAAUCCUGCUUAUACUCGCGAACAGUGCUUACACUCUUCUAGAUCGGCUACCUUACUCUUCACCAAACCCAACCCCCCCUUCACAGGGUUUCUCGAAUACCUCUCUCCCUUUCUCUACCCCUCUUAAUACGCACUCGAACUUCAGUAUUCGUAUACACCCACCUCAGUCUUUACAAUCCCAAGCACAUCAUUUGGUCCUUUGCACUCAAGAUGUGUUUUACCAGUACUUACGUUGCAUUUGUAAAACCCCGCCCAUGCGGUGUAGAGUAUUUCAGCUUUUGUAG